GUUGUAAUAAGUUUUCGGCGGGAUACUGAAUUCUCCUUACUUGCGCGAUCCCAGUUCAUUCCGACUUGUUUAGUUCGAAUAUUAGACAGGAGUGGGAUUAUUCGGGAAACGUUAAGCGAGGAUUUUCGUGGUGGAGUUGGAGGGCAGGGGCACUAUAAAUUCCAGCUUCAAAAUUCGAGCUCUGCAAGAGACGUACAUAAUAUCUCAAUUAUGUCGUCUACAUUUGAAGAAGAUCUGACUUAAGACCACAACAUUGGCAUCCCUUUUCUGUGGAUACAAGUGUUAGGGACUCAGUGAGAAAAACAUAGAUCCACAUCUUCAGUAGUAGUUGGUAGUUUAGCAAUCAUUUGUUCUUUACCGGUGAUUUCUCUCCAGUCUGCAGCUGACUAACCCGUAUGCCUGUUUGUGCAUGGUCUGCAGUCCCGCAGGAUUACGGUGGUUGUCCGUGCUUCAACCACGUCUAUGAUUCGAAAGGAGGUGGAGAGAGGUGGUGGCCGACGCCCACUCUUAUCCACCUUUAUGGGCAAUAAUCGACAAAUGCUUCAGGGUAUAUGUGAGAGCCUCAGUCACGUGCGGACGGAACCUGAUGACCAAGAGGCGCCGGGAGGGACAAACGAUGGCCAGACUGGCGCUCCUGGGGACAGGGGAUCUAUGCAAAUUAAGCCGGAGCUUUCCCAGAGCACGCCCAACUUGUUCGAGAAAGCUGGACCCAAGAUAUCACGAGUGGGAUAUAACCAGAAAGCAAUGGCUAUCAUUCGCAACAGUCUCCUGCCUUUCGAAAACGGCACAUCAGGCAGUGGUAGCAGUGGAGGAAGUACUGGUCAGCCCCUGGUCAACGGGCUUGACAAUGACAACACAAGUGUCAACAAACAAAUGCUACAGCAGUUGGUAGAAAUGGGCUGUGAUGGGGAAUUGGCAAACAAGGCUUUGAAGCUAACAGGGAGUAAGAGCGUAGAAGCUGCAGUGGAGGUGCUGCAAAAGUUACACCAACAACAAGAGGGCAGGAACGGUUACAGUAAAUCUUCUGGAUUUGCAGGUUACAACAAAGUGAUCCGCAAGCCCAGUUUUGAAGAGAAGUAUCGCCAGGGAAGCCCUGUGUCUGACAACAUCAGCAUUCGGUCAGACAGCCCCAGUUUAUGUAGCGCUGUACAGAACAGGCAAUACCCAUUUGCUGACCCCUCCAGAUCGUCUUCACAGUCCAACUCAACCUCAUCGCCAAGGCAGUUCACGCCAAGUCCGAUCGUCAAUGGCCACCAAACCCCACCCCCUCUGCCACCAAGGGUGCCAAUUCAUGUACCGUCAACACGGGCCCAGACAACACCUCCUCCCCAAUCACAGUCAUCUACCCCCAGCAGCGAGGCUGCCAGUUCUGUCCACUCCCACCAACAACCACAACAACAUCACCAGCAACUGCCUUACACGACACCAGGGAAUGUGCAGCAAAUGCUGAAGCGUAUGUCGCCCAUACAGACUGAGAACAUGCGUGCACGUGGCAUAGUAUUUGCCAACCCCUUGCAGCAGGCACAGGUUGCACCCCCAGGAGAUACCUCUCAGAGGGGCAUAAGUCCCCAGGCCGUGCAGGGCAGACACCCCGUCAUCAUGCAGCAUAAUGGACAGCCCCAGAACUCCCUCAACCCACAGUACCGCAACGGUUCCAUGGGAAAUGGUGGUCCACGGGUCACAGUAAAGUACCCCCAGCCUCCCCCACCGUAUCCGCAGGUGUCCACCCGGCAAAGUCCGAUAGGAAUUCACAUCCAGGGCACAGUCAGUGAACACCCCCAGUUGAUAGCCUCACAACAGCCGGACUACAGGACGAAUCAUGGGUACGACACACAGAUCACCGUGAGUAACUCAGCGAAUGCGUCAGGAAGUGGUGAAAGUGUUACAGUAAGCAUGCCUAAGAGGACAAGUCAGUCACCCGCUGCAGCGCCUGUGUCAGUCCAGGCCUGGGGUAAGCAUUCACCAAUCAUCAUGCACUCUGUAAAGAGUCGAGAAGUGUCAAAACCCAUGCCUCAGACGGCAACAGCACCGUUGUCACCGCCACCUGCAACGCCAAUGCCUGGCCAGAACUUUAUAUCAUCAGUACAAGCGCAGAUCAAUGCACCUGCAGGCACAGCCACUGUACCAUCUCCUGUGGCUUCUCAGCAACUGCACCCUAAACAGGUGCUGACAAAACCCAACCCCAUGCGGGGGAAUGUUCAGAUUCAAAUACGGACUGCUCCACAAAAUGGACAGCAUUUAACACCUGAACAAAUUCAGCUGGCUCACUUACAACACACUCAGCAGCAACAACAAGGCCAGAGGCCAACCAUACAGAUUCAUAUUCAAAAAAAUCAAUCUCAGCCAACCUCUAACCAAAUUCAGAAUGUUCAAGUUCAGAACCUUGAGUUUCAUGGUCAAAGAACAUUGGUAGACACACCUAAUUCAACCCCGAGGUCUGGCUCCCCUGUCUCACGUGCUACCAAUCAAUCCCCUUUAUCUGUGCUAUCCACAAACUCUACCCCUUCGUCAAAUUCAGACAUACCUGAUCGUCCUCCUCCUCCCUACCCUGGCAGACAUGUGACGACAACCCAUCAUAAUACAUCUGGACAGCCUCCUAUACCACCCAGAGUCCCCCUACAGCACCCCAAGGCUUCAUCAACUCUACCUCAGCCUGUGCCCCUCUCACAGCCUCAGAACUCCCACUAUCUGGCCUCCAAGCCCGUUUAUGUUCAGCAUUAUCCCCAGCAGUACCCCAAACAGCCCACCAACCCGCAUUCCUUGUCAUUCCCAGACCAGCACAUCCCACAGUUUCAGAGAGACACCAAACCCCCGGCGUUGAUAGACCCUCAGUCGGACACUCCUUCCCCAGCAGUCUCAGAACGAGACGACCAGAGUGAGAAUCAAAAUGACGAAGAUGUGGACGACACCCAGUCAGAGGGCUCAGAGAAACAUAGGUGCACCUCUCCCAUUCCUGAACGCAACCCGGAGGCAGAAAAAUUUGAUCGGCUUCGUGGUGAAUGCAAAGUUCGCUAUCUGUCUCCCGAUGCUUUUAAAUUUUACAUGGAACAACAUGUUGAAAAUCUCAUGAAAUCUCAUCAGCAGAGAAUGCAUCGGCGGGUGCAGUUGGAAAACGAAAUGGCUAAGGUUGGUUUGUCAGAGGAGGCUCAGUGUCAAAUGAGGCGGAUGCUUCACCAGAAAGAAUCCAAUUACAUUAGAUUAAAGCGUGCCAAAAUGGACAAGCAAAUGUUCGAUAAAAUUAAGCCUCUGGGUAUAGGAGCUUUCGGUGAAGUGACACUCGUCAGAAAAAAGGACGCUGGCAAACUGUAUGCCAUGAAAACAUUACGAAAAAACGAUGUGUUGAAACGUAACCAAGUUGCUCAUGUGAAGGCAGAACGAGAUAUUCUUGCAGAAGCUGACAAUGAAUGGGUAGUAAAGCUGUACUACUCAUUCCAGGAUGAAAAUAAUCUGUAUUUUGUUAUGGACUAUGUCCCAGGCGGUGAUUUAAUGGGGCUUUUGAUAAAAUUCGGAAUUUUUCCUGAAUCCCUAUCGCGAUUUUAUAUCGCUGAACUUGUGCUUGCAAUUGAAAGUGUCCAUAAAAUGGGAUUUAUCCAUCGUGAUAUUAAGCCAGACAAUAUUCUUAUAGACAGGGAUGGCCAUAUAAAACUCACAGAUUUUGGACUUUGUACUGGAUUUCGUUGGACACACAAUUCUAAAUACUAUCAAAAAGAUGGUGCUCAUGCUCGACAAGACUCCAUGGACAUCAACUGUACAUUAGAUCAUGUGGAAUGUAACUGUGAAAUACUCAAGCCCUUGGAACGAAGGCGUAGGCGAGAACAUCAACGCUGUUUGGCUCACUCUCUCGUCGGAACACCCAACUACAUUGCUCCGGAAGUGCUCUUACGACAAGGUUACACAUCUUGCUGUGACUGGUGGAGUGUUGGUGUUAUACUAUAUGAGAUGUUGGUGGGGCAGCCCCCUUUCUAUGCCCAUACACCGGCUGAAACCCAGAAUAAGGUGAUACAUUGGGAUGAGACAUUGAGGAUUCCUGCUGAAGCUAAGCUUUCCCAGCCAGCUAUAGACUUAACCCUGCAGCUGUGCUGUGGCCCCGCUGAGAGACUGGGUGUGAAGGGCGCGGCAGAAAUAAAGCAACAUCCCUUUUUCGAUGAGAUCAGCUACGAGGGCUUGAGGCGACAACAGGCACCUUAUAUUCCAAAGAUUCGCUAUCCAACAGACACAUCAAACUUUGACCCCGUGGACCCGGAUAAAAUCCGAGGAAGUGAUUCUGAUGGGGAGGAGAACAAAAAAAUUGACCCCUGGGAAAAUGGAAUCCACCCAGAGCAUGCAUUCUAUGAGUUCACUUUUCGGCGCUUCUUUGAUGAUGGAGGUCAUCCAUACCCCCAGGUCAAGGACCCCGAAACUAACUCUCCUGUGUAUGUAUAGCACACAGCCUCUGGACUGGCUUAUAACAUGUGUGUGAACUAACCAAACUGCAUACUAUAGUGGCUUUGUCACCUCUGAUCCUUCAGUACAGCAGGACGGAGCUUAAAAUGAGACCUCCGGCCUCGAUGCUGUCCAAACUUCCUGUGAUACACAGAAUGGACUAGUACUUCCUGCCAGACACGUCCUUAGACCGUGAUAUUUUCUAGACAAUAUAUAUUUUUGUACAGUACUACAGGCUUGACGUUUGUACCGAUAGGAAUAAAACUGGCAGAGCUGUGAUGUUUAACUGCUACCGUGAUACAUGUAACAUGUGCAAGAAAUUUCUAAUUUCUUUUUUAUUUUUUUUUCAUUUUUAUUUUUUUUCUUGCUGUCUGAUGAAAUCUGUCCAGAGGUUGUGUUGAAGUCUCCUAUUAUGCAAAAAUGAGACAAAAUACACUAUGCACCAAUUUAUGUAAUCUCUUGCAGAGCUACAGUGUCCUUAUAAUAUCGAGAGUGCCUGAACCAGUCCAAAUUUUUAUAUAAGGGCCUUUGCUAAUGGUAUUGUCCUCCAAAUAAGACAAACUGUUAUACCCAUGGUAAGAACAACCUCCUGAAAGCGGGCAUGAUAGUACAAGGGCAGGUAACUCCUUCCUGACUCCAGUUGUACAUCACUUCAGAGAAACAGUGCCCAAGUAAAUCCUCGCAUAACUAGACAAAAAAGAGCAAAAGGUGGCUGCAUUCACCGGCUUUCGUACACCACAUAGGCAAAAAGUUGACCAAAAAAGGAAAAAGCUAUGACCCACAAAAGAAAAUAAUCAACUAUAAAAAAAGGCAAAGGAGAAAAUAUGGAAAAUAUGCGACAAGGUUAAGUAUAAACAAACUGACCACACAAAUGUCAAGCCCAUCUGAAAUACAUAUAUAUGUAUACAUAUAUAUAUGGGCCAAACUUGAGAACAUGUUAAAAGACCCAAGCAAGGACAUGACCAUAAAGAACAUGGUUAUUAACACACAUUACUGUAUGUAACAAACAAACAGGCUGUCCAAACAAUUACAGGGCCAAUUAGGAAGGGGAAGGUCGUGUAUGGUCUGUAAAACUGCAUAUUAUGUAUAGACAAGAAAAUAUCUCUUUGUACAAAUUUAAGAUUGACAUGUCUUUUCGCCGACUGUACAUUUGUGAUGGGAGCUCGAUGGGAAAGGGUUGGCUAUACAUUAUGUAUAUCAGAUUUUCCCUUGAUUGCAGUUUCCCACCUCCUGGGUGUUGAGGAUGGUCAUCUGUCCAAGUGUGGUCAAAUUCUAUCCCUUGCCCGUUGCACUUAACUCACCAAACUGCUGCUGGUCAGUUGAUGGAUAUGAAAUAACCCUGUAUAUUUAGGUGAACAAAUCCAGCUUCAUGUUGCUGUACAUGAUUGUUGUCAACACCCACAUUUAAGAUGUUCUUCCCCAGGUCAAUUUUUUGUGAUAAACCCGUUGGUUAUUAAUUUGGAUAUAUGACAAAUGAUAGAGCUAAUUUUUCUGACAAAAUCUUAUGCCAUUUUCUUUUACUCUACUUGCCUUCCUGAGAAAGGGACAUAUUGCAGUUGAAAAGAUGUCACUUCCAAGAUUUUAUCACUGCAUGAACUAAUACCUGGUCUUAAUAUAAUAAAUGAAUCUGAGAUUCAUGUAAAAGUUCAAGACUUUAUUAACACUGAAUUCUGCUUUUGUCAAUUAAGCUCAUUUUGGAGAGGAAUCUAAGAGGCAACAAAUUUUCCAUUAUGUCAAAAUUUGUUUUAGUUUCAGCAAAUCUGGCUCUCUAAGAAAAGCCCCAGACGUCUGUCAACUUUUGUGCAUGAAAUGCAUUCUAGUAAAUAAUCAGUUGUGAGUUUCUAGAUGCAUUGAAUUUUACUGAUUUCACGUUUAGUUGAGCCCUAAUUUUUCUCUGACUUAACUCUGUAGCCUUGUGUUUUACAGGUUGUAAAAAUUGAAAGAAGAAACAGCUUCGUUCAAAAUCAGCACAGUUGUUAAUGUUUCUGUCUCUGUUAAGAAAGUUGUCUCUAAGUUGGUGUGAAAAACUGCAGAGUGGCCUCCCUUGUCCUGUAAAACAGGGUUCAUCAUGUAAAUUACUUCCCUUGAAUGCUCUGUGACAGAUUGUACAGCAUUUUCUCUGCAAAGCUUUGCAGCUGUGAUUGCAGAGACAGCAAUAUGUCAAUAAAUGCAAAAAAAAAAAAAAAUAAACCAAAACAAAUUGAUGAAAAUAUUGAUUUUGUU